CGGUGAUAGGUGUUGUCGUGUUUGUGCUAUUGUGUUAUAUUAUUUUAUUGUAUCCAGUAAUUACUGUAAAAUACCGGCAUAUGCUGGAUUUCUAAUAGCCACGAAGUUCUGGGAUUAACUGAUUUUGGCGCAAUGGCGCAAAUUGAAGAUCCCGAAUUCUUGGACACUGGGGAGUUUAUGAUGAAACGGAGCCUCCUGGCGAAGAGCAAGCGGGCAAUCAUUGUCCGCAGCCCGGCCGGCACCACGGAGUACCGCUGUGUGGAGUGCCCCAUGGGCUUCAAUGACAAGGCUGGUAUGGAGCAGCACCUGGCUGUCCAUAAUCAGGAGUACAGGUUUCUUUGCGGAAUCUGUGGGACUGCACUAAAACGCAAGGAGCACUUAGACCGCCAUACCCUGGAACACAAAGAAGUGCGGCCUCACAUCUGCCCGGACUGCGGCAAGGGCUUCAAGAGGAAGGAGCACCUUAACAUACACCGCACCAUACAUAGCGGGGAGAAGAACCACAUAUGCCCACUCUGUGACAAAUCAUUCUACAGAAAAGACCACCUCCAAAAGCACCUUCAAACUCACAACAAAAUGUUCAUUGAGCAGAACAUUUUCCCCGUGAGUGACCAGGAGCUACUAGGCAUCAAACAGGAGGUCACCGAUGAGGAACAGGCAGACGCCGUUAUGACAGAGAUUACCGACGCGGGCCUGGGCCAGCCAGUGGACCCGGAACGGCCCCACAUCUGCCCUAUCUGCCACAAGGGGUUCAAGCGGAAAGACCACCUCAAGCUGCACAGCGUCAGCCACCUGGCGAGAGACAAGCUCUGCCCACACUGCGGGAAAGGCCUGGGCAAGCCAGCGGACCCAGAGCGGCUCCACAUCCCCGUCUGCCACAAGGGGUUCAAGCGGAAAGACCACCUCAAGCUGCACAGCGUCAGCCACCUGGCAAGAGACAAGCUCUGCCCACACUGCGGGAAAGGCCUGGGCAAGCCAGCGGACCCAGAGCGGCCCCACAUCCCCGUCUGCCACAAGGGGUUCAAGCGGAAAGACCACCUCAAGCUGCACAGCGUCAGCCACCUGGCAAGAGACAAGCUCUGCCCACACUGCGGGAAAGGCCUGGGCAAGCCAGCGGACCCAGAGCGGCCCCACAUCCCCGUCUGCCACAAGGGGUUCAAGCGGAAAGACCACCUCAAGCUGCACAGCGUCAGCCACCUGGUCCCCGACGUAGGCCUGGGCAAGCCAGCGGACCCAGAGCGGCCCCACAUCCCCGUCUGCCACAAGGGGUUCAAGCGGAAAGACCACCUCAAGCUCCACAGCGUCAGCCACCUGGCGAGGGACAAGCUCUGCCCACACUGCGGGAAAGCCUUCCGAACAGACGAUCAGGUGAAUAACCACAUGAUAACACACGUUAAACUGGACUCCCCGGCCAGCGAGGAGCCCUGCCUGAUGGAAGACGAAGAUGUACAGCAAGAAGAAGACUCCCUCCUAAUACCUCGCGUGUCCAUGCAAGAGGGCGAGCGCACGUACUACUCGGUGGCGGACGACCGGCCGUACUCGUGCAAGCUGUGCGGCCGCCGCUUCAAGCGCAAGCAGCACCUCAAGGUGCACGCCAACGUGCACGCCAGGAACCAGCCGCCCACCAUCUGGUGCUCCAUAUGCAGCGAAGGUUUCUUCAACAACAGCCAAUUCGAGAGCCACGAGUGUAUGGGCGCCGACCCCGAAGAGACGCCGACCAACCAGGAGAACAGCUACCCCACGCACGACAAUGUAGAAAUAAUGAACGUGCCUAUAGUGACGGAGGAACCGGAGCCGGCCGGGCUGCCGGUGCCGCGGCGCGUAUUUGUGUGCAAGUUCUGCGCGAAGCCCUUCAAGCGCAAGGACCACUACCGCAUCCACCUGCACGUGCACACCGGCGUCAAGUCCUUCUUCUGCGAGGACUGCGGGAAAGGCUUCUACCGCAAGGACCACCUCCAGAAGCACUCGCAGGUGCACACGAGGACGAGGCCGCAGCCGCCGCCGCGCAAGCCCCGGAAGGAGAUGCCGGACCUCUUCCCCAUACACAUGUUCAAGACACCCGACACCAGGGCCAGCGUCAAGCCGGAGAUCACUAUCACUGCGCCAUCGAACACAAAACUACGAGUACCGCUGCAAAUCAAGGUGCCGUACCAAGUAGUGACGUCACUCGACAACGGCGAGCAGCGCGUCACCACCGUCGACCCGCGCGACCUGCUCUCCUGAUACGAGCUCAUGUACGGUUAGCCGACCUUGAGAUAAUAAAU